AUGAAGGAGCAUGGAGGUCAUGAGAAGGAGGAUGAGAAAAGUAAGCAAAAGCAGGCAGCAGAGUUAUUUCGGCAAGGCCAGCAGCAGCUUCGAAAAGCGCAGGCUGCUGUCGGCGAUCAGGCGGUAGCGGAGUACGAUGCUUGUUCCCAGCUGUUCACUGAGGCCAUCUCGCUUCGUCCCCACCACGCACAGUACUACCAGGCCCGUGGCCGCUGCUACAUCGCUGUGCAGCAGUACUUGCGAGCUCUCGGGGACUUCGUCGUGUGCUGCAGGUUAGAACCAGGCAUUGCUCGACACUUUGCGCAUCGAGGGCAGUGCUUCAGACGCCUGGGUCGCGUUGAUGAAGCCCUAAAAGACUAUGACGAAGCACUCCGCCUUGAGAGGCUAAAGGCGGAGAAAGACCCAUCUGAAACGCACCAGCGGCAGGCUGCCGAGUACUACUUCGAGCGGGCGUUGGUGCACAUUGACUUAGAGCUCUACGACAAGGCGAUUGAAGGUUUUUCUCAGGCUCUUGACAAGCGCUUGGCCGCGCCAUACAAGGCCUUCUUUCAUCGCGGAAUCUGCUAUCGAAGAGUUGGGCAGAUUGCAGAGUCCAUUCAAAACUUGAAGGAGGCCAUCAACCUGGACACGACCAGCGCAGACGCACAUAAUCACCUCGGCCUGUCUCACAUACAAGAGCAGAACUUCGAAGAAGCGAGAAAGUGCUUUGCGAAUGCAGUCGAACUAGAUGCAUGUGCCAGGUACUUGAACAAUCGCGGUCUGGCAAGUUACCACUUGGAAGAGUACACCGAUGCUGCUGCCGACUUCACAGCAGCUCUUGAGGCAGAGCCCGACAAUGCCUCUGUGCUCUUCAAUCGUGGCAAUGCCUACUUCCAACUGGGACAGCACCAGGAGGCCCUUGAUGACUAUGCCGAAGCCAUUCAGCUUGAGCCUGACAACGCGACCUACUUGCACCACAAGGGGCUCGCCUAUCAGGGCUGUGGAGAGGUGCGGGAGGCCAUCGCCUGCUAUGAAGAGGCUUGGACAAUUGGGAUGGGACAGCUUUGGGCUCAAAGUAGGGACGACCUGCUGCACCUGAGGCACUGCGCAGAGACGCGGGUCAUCAUCCUUCUCGGUCGUCUCCUUACAGAGCCAAAUCUGGAGCCAUGA